AUGACUAUGCAUCAGGUUCAACAACGAAAUCACGCUCAUCGUAUGCUGCAGCUCCGCCAGGACCCGCCCAACACCACCGACCCCAACGGACACAACGAUAUCCCUGGUGGUGGUAAUGGCGGUGGCCCCAGUGGUGGUGUUGGCGGCGGAGGAAACGAGCCUCCCCUUUCGCACUCGAGUUCCAGCUCGGUCGCAGGGCCCACCUCGUUAUCUUCCUCUAGGUCCUUGCCUGUACAGCCCUCGUCUACCGUCAGGCCAUCGUCCUCGACCUCCAGACCCGUGUCGUCUUCGACCACCCCGUCCUCGACUGUCAGGCCGACGUCUUCCAGCUCGUCCUCGUCCUCGUCGUCAAGCUCUUCUUCGUCCUCAUCAUCUUCGUCCUCGAGGAGCUCUUCAUCGUCUUCGUCGUCCAGCUCGUCUAGCAUUACCAGGACUCCCGCUCUCCUCGCAACGAGUUCCACUCCCACCAAUUUGGGGGCUACCAGCUUUUUCCGCAGUGUCACUCCGACCAACAUUGACGGUGCUGGCUCUACCAUCACUGCUGAUCCUGUUACCGCUUCUGACGCCAAGAAGAGCUCCGGAGGAGCUAUUGCGGGUGGAGUCAUUGGUGGUCUCCUUGGUCUUGGUCUUUUGGCAUUUAUCAUUUUGACCAUGAUUCGUCGUCACCAACGUGCUCGCCGUCACGCCCGAGCCCGCCGUCACGAAUCCGAUUUUGGCACUUUCAACCGCGCGGCGUUUGUUAAAGAGAAGGAGCCUGAAGUCGUACCCGACAUGGUUGAGCAGCGCGGCCACAACGUCGCCCCUUCGCUUUCUGGCGAAGCCGUCGCAAACAUGGCCACGCCACCAUCUCAAUUGGCUGCUGCAAGCGCCGCUGCCACGGCUGCUGCUGCCGCGCCCGCUGCACCUCUCCAGGAACGCCCCAAGUAUGUGUAUGGUGCCCCCGUCGCUGGCCAGGAUUCCGCCGAAGAACAAGCCAAGGAAGCUGCCAAUGGUGGCGCGUACAGUGUUGACCCCCAGGCUCAGACUGCUUACAAUGCUGAAGCAUACGGAUCUUAUGCUAAGUACGAUGACGCCGGCGCCGGUGUUGUUGGCGGUGUUGCUCCGGGUGCUGUGUACCAGGACGCUCAGCGUGAAUAUCAAGGACAACAGGGAUACUAUGAUCAGAGCCAAUACCAACAAGGAUACUACGACCAGAGCCAGCAUCAACAAUACUAUGAUCAGAGCACCGGGCAAUACUAUGACCAGUCUCAGUAUGUUGUCGAUGGACAGUACAGCCAACAGCAACAGCAAUACGAUUAUACUCAGCAGCACUCUCAGUACGCGGCCGCUCAACCUGCGUACCCUGAGCAAACUGCUACUUACCAGCCCCCGCACCCAUAUGCGACUAGGCCGGCUGGUAAUGAGGCGUAUGGUGGAAUGUAA